AUGCAAACACCAUUGAAUACGCUCGACACAAAAGAACCACUUGAUUAUGACAAUUUAAAUAUAAUUACACGUCCACGGCCACCACGUCGUCGUCAAAGUGGUGUUUCAUUAGUACCAUUCCGUCCAUAUGUUAAAUGUUUAACAAGUGUACGACAACCAUUUUCAUUUGCAAAUGGUUAUGAUAAAUGGAUGGUUAUGGGUAGAGAUGAAAUAUUUUUUACACAACCAGAUGCAAGAUGUAUUGGUUCAUUAAUUGAAGAUUGUGAUAUAUCAGAUGUUAUUCGAUGGGAUAUCGAAGCAGAAUCAACACGUUUACCAAUGAUGUGUAAAUUAUGGAUGAUUGUUGAUGGAGCUGUUGUUGAAAGAGGAAGACCACAUUUAGUUCAAGAUGCAGCUAUACAAGUAUUUACAUCAGGUCGUAAUCUUCGUACGAUAUUAUCAGCACAGCGACGUUAUAAUCAAACAUCAAUAACAACAACAACAGCUGAUCGACGUCGUCGUCAAUCCUGGCAUGAUAUUAAUGAAUAUCAUAGUGUACCUUAUUAUCAGUAUACUUGUGCUGUUCGAAAAGGAUCUCAAAAAUUUAUUCAAUGUAAUAUGGAUAAUGAACAUUUAAUAAGUACACAAGAAAUUCUUUCCGAUGUUGAAGAAGAAACAGUUGACGAAAAUCAUAUGAAAGGUUUUAAAAAAGAAACAGUUCAACAAACAAUACAUCAUUCAUCAAUGUUACAAGAUCGUGUUCAUAUAUCGAUUAUGACACAAACAGAAUGUCGAUAUACUAAUCGAUCAACAUCAAUUGAUUCUCAAUUUAUUCAUAUGUUUAAUCUUAAUUUAGAAACAAAUGAAUUACUUUUGUCAUCAAUUGCUGAUCCAUAUCGUCGUGCUAUAUCAUCAAAUUAUUCUACAGAAGUUAUAUCAAUCUAUCGUAAUGGUAUUGAAUAUAAACAUCGAUCAGUAUCAACUGGUGAUGAUUAUCCACAUUGGUGGCUUCGACUUACUACUGAUUUUAUUCUAUCAGAUAUUGUUAAAAUUCAAAAUGAGGAGAAGGAGAAAAAAUGUUUACUUCCUCCUUCUCCUCGACACAAUCAGAGCGUACAAACAGAUGUUGACGAAUCAAGAAUAUCAUCAUCAUCAUCAUCAAGAUCAGUAAAUAUCCAAAAAUCUUCAUCUUCAGUAACAACAACUAAUCAUUAUGAAUCAAUUGAUGAAAUUAAUACUGGAAAUUAUACGAAACGAUGUUUACCAUUUUCUGAUAUUAGACAAAGAAUUGAUUCUCAUAAUGAUAUAUAUUGUCGUUUAAAUGAUUAUCAAACUGAAAAUCCAUCUACUUAUGAUCAUACAAAUGUUAAAAAACAAUCGACAUCAUCAAAACAAUCUGAAAAUGAUUAUAACGUAUUUGUUUCAUCUCUUAAUCAUCAUCAACAACAAUCUUAUUCAACACCUGAUCAUCAAAUAAGAUGUCAUUGUUUUUCAAAUGAUAUUUCACGAACACGAACAAAAAGUUCCGAAAGCACAUCAACAACAUUAUUAGCAAGUUUACUUGAACGUUAUGAAAGAACAUUACGUGAACGACAAAGAGCUUUUGCUAUUAUUAAUGAUGAAUUAUUGAAUAUUGAUGAUGUAUUAAAACAUUAUAGAGAAAAAAUACAUAAUUCAUCAUUGAAACAAUCAAAUAUGGUACGUAAAUUUUCUCACUUCUAG